AUGGAUUGCUCUUUUCCUGUCAGCUCAUUGUGAGCUGACUUUAACUUUGAACAGGAAACACAUUUUUAUUAAUAAUGCCAAGACUUGGAGAGAUGCUCAGAUGUUUUGCAGAGAGAAUUAUGCUGACCUGUCCGCCAUAGACAGCCAAGAGGAACUUCUAAGGUUCAAAAACGAUUCAAAGAAUCAGAUAGCUGCUAGCACACACAGCUGGAUUGGACUGAGCAAGCCCUCUGUUAAUGGAGGAUGGGUUUGGAGUGAUGGAAGCGUAAACAUUUCUAUGGCAUGGAGGACUGGUCAACCGGACAGCCCCAAUACUGCAUUUUGUGGUAAGAGUUCAGGUGGUGAAUUGUAUGACUACGAUUGCGGAAAACAGUACCCCUUUUUCUGCUACGAGUGGGUGCCUGAACUGAUCCUGGUGAUGGAGAACAAGAGCUGGGAGGAGGCUUUAGAACACUGCAGGACUCAACACUCUGGCUUGGCCUCUCUACCAACCAGUUUGCAUCUCUUCCAAGCCAAUAGCAAGACUGCAGACUUGCAAACCCCCAGCGUGUGGACAGGUUUGCGCUUCCUGGCAGGCUCCUGGUUCUGGGUCAAUGGGGAGUCUCUGGGAAAUUUGGUCCAGCUGCCAGUUUGCCCCGCCAGUCCACUUUACUGUGGAUCUCAAAACCUGGCAGCUAAAUAUUGGGAGAACAGAGACUGUUCAGAGAAACUCAAUUUUGUAUGUUAUAAAAGAUCAGAUUAAGAACCAAAGCAUAUAUAUGUGUGUGUGUGUGUGUGUGUGUGUGUGUGUUUGUGUGUGUGUG